AUGGCAGAGCAACUUUCUCUAGGAAAGGUGCCAGAACAGGUACGCUCCAUCCUAUUCAAAAAAACUGGGAGAAAAGGGACUGCAGGCCACAGGAGGCACCCGGUCUGCGACCAAAAGCCCGGGGACAGCAGCAGCAGCAGCGACGAAGGCAGCACUGUGGUUCGCCCGGAAAAGAAACGGGCGCCCCACAAUCCGAUGACACGCAAGACCCGCAGCCGCGGCGGACGCAAGGCGGCUUGCGGGGACGUGAGCAGUGAUGAGGGGCAGGGAACGGGGCAGGAGACGGAGUCUGAGAGUCUCGGCGUGGUCUACAAAUCCACCCGCUCCGCGAAACCUGUGGGGCCAGAGGAUAUGGGGGCGACUGCCGUCUACCAGCUAGACACAGAGAAGGAGCGUGCCGCACAAGCCAUCUUUGAACGCAGCCAGAAAAUCCAGGAGAUGCUGAGGGGCAAGGAGGAUGACAAGAUCUACCGGGGAAUCAACAACUAUCAGAAAUACAUGAAGCCCAAGGACACGUCUAUGGGCAACGCUUCCUCCGGGAUGGUGCGGAAGGGCCCCAUCCGAGCGCCCGAGCAUCUCCGAGCCACUGUGCGCUGGGAUUACCAGCCCGAUAUUUGUAAGGACUACAAGGAGACUGGCUUUUGCGGCUUCGGAGACAGCUGCAAAUUCCUCCAUGACCGUUCAGAUUACAAGCACGGGUGGCAGAUCGAACGUGAGCUUGACGAGGGUCGUUAUGGUGUCUAUGAGGAUGAAAACUAUGAAGUAGGAAGCGAUGAUGAGAAAAUACCAUUCAAGUGUUUGAUCUGUCGCCAGACCUUCCAAAACCCUGUUGUCACCAAGUGCAGGCAUUAUUUCUGCGAGAACUGUGCACUGCAGCAUUUCCGCACCACCCCGCGCUGCUACGUCUGUGACCAGCCGACCAAUGGUGUCUUCAACCCAGCGAAAGAAUUGAUUUCUAAACUGGGAAAGCAUGGAGUUGCAGAAGAGGGUGGGGCUUUCGAUUUCCCAGAAGAACCCCGAUAA